UCCCACCCGGCGUGUAAACAUCAGUGCACCCGGAAAUAGGACCAGCGUGGAGAGGCAGCCCAGCGGCGGCUAACAAGCGUUAUUAUUUAGCUUUAGCGUAAAACUCUGCUUAUUGGUACAUUUCCAACAUGGAUAAUACGACAGAAGGGACGUGGGACAGUUUACCUGUUAAACUCAGCGACAGAGUUUUACAAACGCUCGACGAGUUGAAAUUCACACACAUGACACCUGUGCAGUCUGCUUGUAUCCCGCUGUUCAUGAGUAACAAAGAUGUGGCUGCUGAGGCGGUGACUGGGAGUGGAAAGACGCUUGCUUUUGUAAUUCCUAUUAUAGAACUGCUCCUGAAGAGGGAAGAAAAGCUGAAGAAGAUGCAGGUUGGCGCCCUGGUGAUCACCCCCACGAGAGAACUGGCCCUUCAGAUCAGUGAAGUGAUGGAGCAGUUCAUUCAGAAAUUUCCACAGUUCACGCAGAUUUUACUGAUUGGUGGCAGUAACCCGAUAGAGGAUGUGGAGAAGUUCAAGGAUCAAGGGGCAAACAUUGUGAUUGCGACACCAGGCCGUCUGGAGGAUAUGUUCAGGAGGAAGUCGGAUGGUCUGGACUUGGCCAGCUCAGUCAAGAGUCUCGAUGUGCUGGUUCUUGAUGAGGCCGAUAGACUACUCGACAUGGGUUUUGAGGCCAGUCUGAACACCAUCUUGGGCCACCUGCCUAAACAGAGGCGCACAGGCUUGUUUUCAGCCACUCAGACCCAGGAGCUGGAGAAGCUGGUAAGGGCCGGCCUCAGGAACCCAGUGCGCAUCACUGUCAAAGAGAAGGGCGUGGCUGCCACCGCCGUCCAGAAAACGCCCUCUAGGCUCUCCAACUACUACACUAUAUGUAGAUCAGAGAACAAGUUCAACAUCCUGGUGACAUUUCUGAGGCAACACAAGCAUGAGAAGCAUCUGGUCUUCUUUAGUACGUGUGCAUGUGUGGAGUACUACGGUCGAGCUCUGGAGACUCUGGUCAAGAAGGUCACCGUCCACUGCAUCCACGGCAAGAUGAAAAAUAAACGCAACAAGAUCUUUGCCGACUUUCGGGCCCUGAAAAGUGGGAUCUUGGUGUGUACAGAUGUCAUGGCCAGAGGCAUUGAUAUCCCCGAUGUUAACUGGGUGCUGCAGUACGAUCCUCCCAGCAGUGCCAGAGCCUUUGUCCAUCGAUGUGGACGCACAGCGCGUAUUGGCAAUCAGGGAAAUGCCGUCGUCUUUCUGCUGCCAAUGGAGGAGUCCUAUGUCAAGUUUUUGUCCAUCAACCAGAAAUGCCCACUCCAGAAGAUGCCCCCUGUAGGUGAUGUUGUGGACGUGCUGCCCAAAGUGAAGGCCAUGGCUCUGGCAGACCGUGCCAUGUUUGACAGAGGCAUGAGAGCCUUCGUCUCAUGCGUCCAGGCCUACGCCAAACACGAAUGUAGUCUCAUCUUCAGAAUCAAAGAUCUGGACUUUGCCUCCUUAGCCCGCGGCUUUGCCCUCCUUCGCCUGCCGAAGAUGCCCGAGCUGAGGGGGAAAACAUUUCCAGAUUUCAUUGAGACGCCAGUAGACACAGACACCAUCCGCUACAAGGACAAGAACAGGGAGAAACAGAGACAGAAGAUGCUAGCCGAGCUGAAAGAGCAAGACAAGACUUCCCCUCCCAAAAGGAACUUCAUCAAGAAUAAGGCCUGGUCUAAACAGAAGACCAGGAAGGAACGCAGGAAAAAGAGGGCAGCCAAGAGGAAGCACGAGGAGGGCUCUGACGUGGAAGAUGAAGACAUGAAAGAGCUUUUAAAUGACACUCGCAUCCUCAAGAAACUAAAGAAAGGGCAAAUCAGCGAGGAGGACUUUGAGAAACAGAUAACAAGUGAUCCAAAGUCAAAACACAAAAGAGGACCAUCACACGCCAGCGAGGAGGAGGAGGAUGUAUGAUCAAACGGCUGUAUUCAACUUUGUCCAUGUGAAAAGCAGAAUUCAAUUAAAUCCACAGCAACACCUUUGA